GUAUGGAGAAGACAGACCAAAGUACUUGGAACCAUUCUCCGAGCAAACUCCAUCUUACUUGACUGGUGAGUUCCCAGGUGAUUACAGGUGGGACACUGCUGGACUCUCAGCUGACCCAAAGACAUUCGCCAGGAACCGUGAGCUUGAGGUGAUCCAUUGUCGUUGGGCCAUGCUUGGUGCUUUGGGCUGUGUCUUCCUUGAAAUCCUUUCCAAGAAUGGUGUUAAAUUCGAUGAGGCGUUAUGGUUCAAGGCUGGAUCUCAAAUCUUCUCAGAAGGCGGUCUUGACUACCUUGGUAACCCAAACCUUAUUCAUGCACAGAGCAUUCUUGCCAUUUGGGCAGCCCAAGUUGUGCUCAUGGGCUUAAUUGAAGGAUAUAGAGUUGGUGGAGGCCCACUUGGUGAAGGUCUUGACAAGAUCUAUCCAGUAGGAUCUUUUGACCCACUUGGGCUCGCCGAAGAUCCAGAGGCAUUUGCCGAGUUGAAAGUGAAAGAAAUCAAGAACGGCCGAUUGGCUAUGUUCUCAAUGUUUGGAUUCUUUGUUCAAGCUAUUGUCACAGGAAAGGGACCAAUUGAGAACCUUUUCGACCACGUUGCUGACCCUGUUUCCAACAAUGCAUGGGCUUAUGCCACUAACUUUGUACCCGGAAAGUGA